UCACGCCCAUGAUUGGUCCAAAAUAAGAAAAUGUAGCUUUUUCUGCAUGGAUUCCAGGCGCACUUUGCGCGUUAUAAAUACAGCCUGCAGCCGGGAAGACAAAAUGAGCACUGACACCCGAGGGACCCGCGAACCGACACCAGCGCUCUAUGAUCAUUGUGAAGAGGAUGCUGCAGCAAGCGCUUCGAGUGUCCGUCCGCAACUCCUUCCCCCUGGUCAAGUGGAUGGAGAGGUGGGCCGAGGGCGCAGCGGCGCCUCCGCUGGGGAGCACGCUGCGAGCGGUGAGGACCCUUGACGACAUGCCCGGGCCGACGGCCGGCAGCUUCGCCUGGGACCUGUUCGCCAGGGGGGGUCUGUCCCGGCUGCAUGAGCUACAGCUGGAAGGACUGCAUCGCUAUGGGCCCAUGUGGAAGGCGAGCUUCGGCCCCAUCCUGACGGUUCAUGUGGCCGAUCCGACCCUCAUAGAGCAGGUCCUGAGGCAGGAGGGCCAGCACCCGAUGCGAUCGGACCUUUCAUCCUGGAAGGACUACAGAAAGCUGAGAGGACAUAAUUUUGGACUUUUGACUGCUGAGGGCGAGGAGUGGCAGGAGGUGAGAAGUCUCCUGGGGAAGCACAUGCUGCGACCGAAGGUGGUGGAAGUUUACGACAAGACCCUGAACAGCGUCGUCAGCGACCUGAUUGCCAAGCUCCGCCUUCGUCGAUCUUCCCAAGGCCUCGUAACCGACGUCGCCAGCGAGUUCUACCGCUUCGGCCUCGAGGGUAUCUCCUCAGUGCUGUUUGAGUCCAGAAUCGGAUGCCUGGACGCGGCCAUCCCCGAGGAGACGGAGCGCUUCAUCCAAUCCAUCAACACCAUGUUUGUGAUGACUCUCCUCACCAUGGCCAUGCCCAGCUGGCUGCACAAGAUCUUCCCCAAACCCUGGAAGAUGUUCUGCCAGUGCUGGGACUACAUGUUUGAAUUCGCCAAAGGUCACAUCGACCAGCGUUUGAAGGACGAAGCGGAGAAGAUCGCCAGAGGGGAGAAGGUGGAGGGCCGUUACCUCACCUACUUCCUCUCUCAGACGGGGUUGCCCAUGAAGACCGUCUACAGCAACGUCACGGAGCUGCUGCUUGCCGGAGUCGACACGAUCUCCAGCACCCUGUCCUGGACUCUGUACGAGCUGUCCCGCCACCCAGAGGUCCAGGCCGCGCUCAGGGAGGAGGUGUCGACCGUACUGGGGGGUCGGAGGGUAGCGGAGGCCGCAGACGUGGCCCGCAUGCCUCUCCUUAAGGCCACGGUCAAAGAAGUGCUUCGGUUAUACCCAGUUAUUCCUGCUAACGCACGCGUCAUUGCGGAGAAGGACAUCCAGGUUGGAGGCUACCUCAUUCCUAAAAACACCCUGAUCACCUUGUGCCAGUUUGCCACGUCCCGGGACCCAGCGGUGUUUCAGAAUCCAGAUGAUUUCCACCCCUAUCGCUGGAUCUCCAAAGAUGAGGCUCAUCACCCGUACGCCUCGCUGCCCUUCGGUGUGGGAAAACGCAGCUGCAUUGGUCGCCGGAUCGCGGAGCUGGAGCUCUACCUCGCUCUGUCUCGGAUCCUGAUGGAGUUUGAGGUGAAACCCGACCCUGAGGGUAUUUCUGUGAAGCCGAAGACUCGGACCCUCCUCGUUCCUAAAAAUGCCAUCAACCUGCAGUUUGUUGAACGAUGAACUCCUCCUCUUCUGAUCCCAACGAGCGAACGUGAGCCACCCAAGCCGCCCUUUACUCGGGCCGUGCGGGGUGGUGGAGAACAGGCGGGGCAGCGUUACUGCGUGAACCACGAGGAACCAUGAGGCUGCUCAGACGCACUCGUUCAUGUCAGAGCGGGUCCUCGACCUCUGACACAGUUAAGAGCAAAGCCCGCCUAACCUUCAGCCUGGUGCGUGCUGGCCCGCCACAUAGCAAGGAAGACGGCUUAACCGGCCGAGGUUUGUCGGCACCUUUUUUAAAAGCCGAGCAAGAUCAAAAAUGGCAAAUGUGAGAUUUUUGUCUGCACUUUGUACAGAAAAAUCUUUAUAUUUGUAACGUUGGACUCAAAUUAGAUCAGUUCGAGUUGCAUUUCUAAGAAUGUGAGUUUUUUUUUUUUUUUUGUAACACUUUACUAAAUCUGCAUUUUAAUUGGGAAUCUUGCACUAUCAAGCACAUACUAAGAGUUUACUUGGUCCGGAUUAAGCAAAUGUUUUAUUUUGAAACUUUGCAGCCGCUUGCUGUACAAUAAGAAAGCUGUGCCAGUAUAAUGAUGAAUCUACUGGUACCAGGGCGUUUUGUCUGGGAAUAAGUUCUAGAAGGCAGCUUCUAGGAGAUUAUAUCUGUGCAAUGUUACUGGAUUGACAGAUAUAAUGUCCUCAAACAGGGUUUACAUCACCUCAGUUCAUCUGAAGGUUCUUUUGAAGUUACUGAUGUCACAUUACUCUGCAAAAUCUUAUGGAUCUCACCAUCGUAUUUAUUUUUGUGUGACACAAUCUGAUGCUGCUACUGUAAAUGUCAAUAAAAGGUUUUAAAAUGG